AUGAGGGCCAACCUGUCAAAUAUUCCAAGUGGGUACAACUCACCACUCAAGCACUACAAGAAGACAAUCCUACUGAUCAUCCUAGUCUUAGUUGUCGCCAUCUUAAUCCUCCCCGUUGAUCAUCUGCGAGGCAAUUUGCCAUUUUUACCGCAGUCUCAAGAGCUUAAUGGUAAUGUUGAUGUUUCAGUCCCUCUCUAUGAAGAAAACAAUGAUGAAGUUAAAGUUAAUCCCAGGGAGUCCGAGAGUAGAGUUAAUAGGUUAGAGAAAGAAUGUAGUAACAUAUUUAGUGGGAAAUGGGUUCCAUAUCCACAAGGGCCUCUGUACACAAACAAAAGUGGAUGUCUGAUUGAUGAUGGAGAAAACUGCCUCAAGUUUGGAAGACCAGACACAGAGUUCAUGAAGUGGAGGUGGAAACCAGAUGGAUGUGAGCUACCAGUCUUCGAUGCUGCUCAAUUCUUGGAGAUUGUCAGAGGGAAGUCCAUGGCCUUUGUUGGGGACUCUGUCGCAAGAAAUCAAGCGCAGUCACUGCUUUGCCUAUUGACUAGUGUAAGUUAUCCACUUACUCCAAAUCUGCUUGUUGGGGACUCUGUCGCAAGAAAUCAAGCGCAGUCACUGCUUUGCCUAUUGACUAGUGUUGCUCGCCCUGUAGAUGAAUCGGGUACAAACGAUACAACAUUUAGACGCUGGGUUUAUACUGACUACAAUUUCACAUUAGAACUUUUAUUGACCACUCAUCUGGUUAAAGCCCAUGGUGUUGAUGCUUUCUCCAUGAACCCCAUAGAUCUGUAUUUAGACGAGGCUGAUGAGACUUGGGCAACAAAGGUUGAAAAUCUCGACUACGUGAUCAUAUCAACUGGACAUUGGUUCUCUAGGCCAAUAAUGUACCAUGAAAAGUAUAAGGAUGUUGGGUGCAACAUGUGCAGUAAAAAGAACAUGACAGACCUUACGAGGUACUAUGGAUUCAGGAAGGCCUUCCAAACUGCAUUUAGGACAUUUCUGGAUCUUCAGAACUUUAAAGGGAUAAUUUUUUUGAGGACAAUCACGCCAACACACUUUGAGACUGAGGAAUGGGAAGGAAGAGGGAAUUGCGUGAGGAAGAGGCCAUUUACUAAGCAAGAAAUGAAGUUUGAUUGGUAUCUUUCAAUGUUUUACAAGAUUCAAAUGGAUGAGUUUUGGGCAGCGAAAAGGGAAGGGAAGGAAAGGGGGUUGAAAUUUAGGUUGUUGGAUAUCACAGAAACUAUGAGGCUGAGACCAGAUGGUCACCCAAACCAUUAUGGUCACCCACCAAAGAAGAAGAAACGUUCUGCUGAUUGUCUGCAUUGGUGCUUGCCAGGACCCAUUGAUACAUGGAAUGAGCUUUUGCUUCAAAUGUUGAAGACAGAAGGUGUUGAAGGAUCAAUUGAUGGGAAAUUUCUUCAAUAA